CCUAGAGACCACCUCUACGAUGGAGCUUGCACUUUUCUCCGUCCUUGCCGUCAGCUUCUUCUCGCCUCGCAUCCCAGCUUCCGGCUCUUGGAAGGGGGAUCCUUCUUCAUCCUUGUCUCAGCCCCCCAAAUGUUGGCAUCGCAAAGGUUGAACGACGGAGACCGGAAGUGUGCGCAGCAGCGGAGGGUCCCCCGGAACCAACACCGGAAGUAGCUUUGCUGCAAGAUUCCGUCGGCUGCGCUAUGGCGGCGAUCCCCCCAGACUCCUGGCAGCCUCCCAACGUAUACUUGGAGACCAGAACACGGUUCUCGGGUGCUGCUUUUGCUCUCUGGUCAUCUUCCCCACCGUGUAUUGCAAAAUUCUACUUCUUCAGGCCUCAACUUCAUGGGGAUCAUUGUGCUGGAGUUGUACUGGAAGCAUGCUCCAAAGACCUGUAAGAAUUUUGCUGAGUUGGCACGUCGAGGUUACUACAAUGGCACGAAGUUCCACAGGAUCAUCAAAGACUUCAUGAUCCAGGGAGGUGACCCAACAGGAACAGGUCGAGGUGGUGCAUCUAUCUAUGGCAAGCAGUUUGAGGAUGAACUUCACCCAGACUUGAAAUUCACGGGGGCUGGAAUUCUCGCCAUGGCCAAUGCAGGGCCAGACACCAACGGCAGCCAGUUUUUCGUGACGCUUGCCCCUACCCAGUGGCUUGAUGGCAAGCACACCAUUUUUGGCCGCGUCUGCCAAGGUAUAGGAAUGGUGAAUCGAGUAGGAAUGGUGGAAACAAACUCCCAGGACCGCCCUGUGGAUGAUGUGAAGAUUGUUAAGGCAUACCCUUCUGGGUAGGCUUGCUGCUCUCGAGGGCACGCCUGGAUCUUCCGGGAUGGCCCCAGUGAACCAGCUUCUGGAUGACCUAGAGUGACAUGUACUUAAACUUCAUUUUGGCCUUGCGAAUCACAGAGCUAAGGAGACCUGGGGUCUUGGGUGAGUUAGAGCUGGAAGUAUAUUUUAAGAGGAUGCUUUUCUCUUUCCCCAGUGCCUGGGUUUGACAGAGGGUUUGCAGAAAUGCUCAUAAGUGAUCACUUACAGUGAACCUCUCAUUGCAAAUGAGCAUAUACUGCUCCUCCUCGCGCGUGUCUUUGCUGAUGCACUUGGAACAAGAGGAAGCCGACUCUGUCAUUCCAUAGUGCCGAACCAAACUUCUUCCUGCAGGGAUUUCUAUUCUGGCCUACACCGCAGGCUUUGGUGGCUGACAGCCACAAAAUUCAAAACCAAGUAGUGUCUAUCAGCCUUCUUAACUCUGUGCGCACCCUAUUUCAGUCUCCUACAUUUGUUCUUCCGGGAAUGUAUGCAUCUCUAUAUAUAUUUUCCCUCUCAAAACCAGAACGUCAACACUGCUGUUUCUGACACUGAGACAUCCCACGCAAAGCCACAUUGAAUUUUUGCCAAAUGAAAAAUGCAUCCAACAAUCAAGUUUCUAAGAAGGUGUCAAGUGGGGAAUGAUAAUGUGUAAUAAUCAAGAAAGGAAUUUAUUAAAAGGCAGCAGAAACAUUGACCAUUUUUUCCCCAGGAAGGAGUAGAAAUCUGUAGCGAGCUUAAGGACAGACUAUGAAUUCUCCUUAAAAAGCAGUAUUGUCAUAAAGCGGAGGCCCCACUGAAGAUUUUUUAACCUAAGACUAGAGAAACUAGAUAAGAGAUUUUUUUUAUGUUAACUUUUUUAAGUCUUUCUGAUUUUUUUUUUUUUUUUUUUUUUUUUACGAGUGGGGAGAGUGGUAAGAGAAAGGAAGUGAAUGUCUAUGGAAUACAUAGAAACUUCCCAAAUAAAAUGCCAUUGAUGGUUGA